AUGUACGAAGAGCUAAAGCCGUUGGAAAAAAAAAAUCAACAUGGAGUUUUUGGACGCUUCUUCUUCGUGUUUGUUUCCUUUAUUUCCUCGUUCAUUUUCGCUACAGUGCUAGCAACAUGUGGUCUAUUUUAUCACUGGGGCCAAAAGCUUUCGGGGGCAGAGAAAUACAACGUUGGAACUGAUGAGAAGCAUGCCAGUUCUUACACGCCUCAAGAACCAUUCCCAAACUUAGAUAAAAUGAAGCCAUCAUCUGACUUGAGGUACUAUGCGUUGCAGCUAGAGCUAGAUUUGGAGGUAUAUAAAAUUACUACCGAAGAUGGGUAUGUUCUUCCAUUGCAUCGAUUAAUUGAUCCAAAAGAGACUGUUUUAGAGAGACAAAAUAGAAAGCCUAUUUUGUUACAGCACGGGCUACUCGCAUCUUCGGGAUCAUAUAUAACGUCUGGUCGUAACUCAUUGGCCUAUUAUUUUCUAGGUGCCGGCUUCGACGUCUGGAUGGGUAAUAAUAGAGCAUGCUUUGAACCGAUUCAUACUCACUUCACUGGUAACUUGAUGAAUUCAGAGAAAUAUUGGGACUGGGACAUUAGAAAUCUUGCUUAUUACGAUUUACCUUGUAUUAUACAAAAUGUCUUAGCCCAUAAGCCAAAUCAUGAGAAAUUAGUUUUAGUUGGGCACCUGCAAGGGUGUACACAAUCAUUUUUAAUGUUAAAAAAUGGGAACCUUUCACAUCUUCACAAAAAUAUUGAAUUUUUCUUUCCAUUGGCACCAGCUAUUUUCCCCGGACCUAGUUUUCAUGAUAGAGCAUUUAUCAAAUUCAUGCAUAAUAAGGGCAAUUUAGGCUUUAAAUUAAUUUUUGGAUGCUGUGCCUUCAUGAGAAACUUGACUCAGACUCGUUAUUACCUUUAUUCUACCAAGAUUUUUGCUUUUUUGGCAUAUAUACUUUUUAAAUACUUGUUUGGGUGGACCGCUAAAAGAUGGGGUCCACAUAAAAAGGUAUGGCAUUUUCAUUUCAUAUUUAUUAUGAGUUAUGUUUCCUCGAGGCUCAUGACCUGGUGGCUCAGUCAUUGGGUUCCUGAAGGUUUCUCUAACCAAUUGCAGCCAAAGGAAGCCUACGAUAGUGGAGCAAACUAUGCAUUUAUCCCAGAGGAGCAAAGUAUACCAGAAAAAGAUGAUUCCAAGAGCUUCUUUCCAUUCAAAAGGCCAUGGUUUGAUAAUUUAGAAACUACAGUACCAAUGGUUAUUUUUGAUUGCGAGUUAGAUUUCUUGGUGGAUUGCAAGCGACUUAUUACACACAUGAGGCAUUAUGAAAAUUCCUAUAAAGAAGGUUCAAACUUUGAAGUAGUUGAAAUUCGGGGAUACAACCAUGUUGAUAUCACCUGGGCAGACGAUGUUAUAGGAACGGUUGGUUACGUGAUUACUGAUAAACUUAAGAGUUUAAAUGCCACAGAAAUUACUGAAACAGAUAUUGAGAAAGAUGAUGAUUCGAAACAUAUAGCUCAACCCCCUAAUAAUAGUUAA